UGAACAUGAGCGCAAACAUGUACAUCUGGGUGAACAUGAGAGCGAACAUGUACAUCUAGGCAAACAUGAAAGCAAACAUGUACAUCAAGAUGAACAUGAGAGCGAACAUGAACAUCUAGAGGAACAUGAGAGCGAACAUGUACAUCUAGAGGAACAUGUACAUCUAGGCAAACAUGAAUGCAAACAUUUACAUCUAGAUGAACAUGAGAGCGAACAUGUACAUCUAGAGGAACAUGUACAUCUAGGCAAACAUGAAUGCAAACAUUUACAUCUAGAUGAACAUGAGAGCGAACAUGUACAUCUAGGCGAACAUGA